AAAAUGAACGUUUCUGGUGCAGGUCUGAACUUCAAGAAAUCUAAUAUAAGGAUAUGGAUUCACCAGAGGAACAUGGCAAAUUUGCAGCAAGUUGUUUGGGAGGGCCAUGGCAAUAUGUUGCUGGUUGAGCAUAGCAAUAAUCCUAAAAUUAAGAAGUUUUUGGAGGUUGUGCCGCAUAUAAUGGGUUUAAUUAAAGAAAUUCACACAGAUGUACAAAAUGGCGAUUUGGAAAAACUAAAAGAGCUUGCCAUUCCUCCAAUUCCACCCAGUGUACUUGGUGCAAAGGAUGGUAAUGGUCUGACACCUCUACAUAAGGCAGCUGGAUUAGACAAACAAGAAAUAGCUGAAUAUAUCAUAAAAGAAUACCCGGAAAGUGUUCAAGCCGUAGACAGUGAAGGACGGACUCCACUGCACUAUGCUGCUUUACUAAAAGAUGAUGGCAAAAUGACAAAUUUUCUAAUUGAAAAGGGAGUAGACGAAUCAGCAUUAGAUAAUAAACAAAAAACAGCUGCUUACUACAAAACAAGACACUCAGAAAUUGAUUCCAAACUGUUAAAUGUAAUUCCUGAUUGUCCAAGAUCAGCAAAAGAAAAUUUGGCAGCUAACUUUGAUUGGAACAUGUUAACGUCAUCUCCUUCUUUGAACUGGAUUCAAAAUGGUGCUAAAAAAGUUGAACAACUUGUUGACAGCAAUAAAGAAAAUAGCGAAGAAAUUGAAAAUAAAAAUAACGAAGCAGAACAACAUGUAGAAAACAUAAGUGAAGAAUCAGCUGGAAAUGAAACUCACAUUAAUGGAACCAAGAAAGAGUCACAAGAAAGCCCCGAAGAACCUCAAGAAACUUCAAAUGAACCAAUACCACCAGAAAAUAAUUCACCUGAAGAAACCCUAAAGGAACCAGAAGAACAUUUUGGAGAUAAUAACAAAUCUGAUGAAACAGCAGACAAAACUGAUCUAGAACCUACAGAAGAACCUUCAGAAGAACCUACAGAAGAACCUACAGAAGAAUCUACAGAAGAACCUACAGAACCAAAAGGAACUUCUGAAAUAGAUGAAACAACAGACAACAAUAAUAAUAACGAUACAGAGGACCAAGAAAAACUUCACGAACAAAAAGAAGUUAAAGAGACCCCUGGAGAAUUAUCUGAAUCAAGACCUGUCAGUAAUACAUCACGUCCUGGUAGUACAAAUCUAGCAAAUACAAGCAGACCAACUAGUCAAAUCAAGCAAGAUUUUAACUCUAGACCCGCUAGUAAAACGCAAGACAAUUCUAGACCAACUAGCAAAACGCAGGACCAUUCUAGACCAACUAGCAACAUGAAAGAUCCUAUAGAAGAUGGCGAAGGUAUAAUAGAAGGAAUAGUCAACGGUGAAAACGAGGUAGAAGCUAUGAACAAUGAAGGUAUGAAUGCACCUAGAACCUCUGAUAAAGAUGACGAUGUAAAAGUUUUAGUAGAAGCUGGAAAUAUGGAACAACUAGCUGCAAUGGUGCUAAAUGGAGAAGGAGAAAGACUAAUUGGGAUGAAUAGUGAUAAUCCGGAGUUGCAGACAUUUCUAGAGAAUGUGCCGACUUAUAUGUCGAAAAUCCACAGAAUCCACGAGGCAGCAAGAAGUGGAAAUUUAAGAGAACUACAAGCAGCUUUAGAUAGGCGCAAGUUUGCUAUAGCCAAAGACACAAUAUCGCCCAAGGGAGCUUCUCCUUUACACGUGGCUGUAAUAUUUGGAAACACCAGUAUCGUGAGAUACUUAGCAGGAAGGUUUCCGGAAACUCUCCAGGUGACUGACGAUGAGGGAAAAUCUCCGCUACAUUAUGCAGCAGUUCUUAACGAUAACGGCCAUUACUACAAUCUUUUAAUACAUCUUGGAGCGGAUAUGAGAAAUGAAGAUAAGUUUGGAUUUAAUCCAGAAUAUUAUAGAAAAAAUCAACAAGAUUUUAAUCAUAGGAGUCUGUUAAAAGAUUUCGGUGCCGAAGGAGAAGAAGCUGAUGAAAUUUUAGCUGACAAAGAUAAAUUGACUGCUGAAAAUGGACAAGUUGAUAUGCCUUUUUUUGCUACUGAGGAGGGGCGUUAUCUAGCAUCAUCAUUAGGAGAUCCCCUUAUCAAAGGCUUGACUGAAGUUGCUAACAAGAGACCAGAUGAUCCUAUUGCAUAUUUGGCUCAAUAUCUUUACAACUUUGCUAAUAACAGAAACAAUGUUAAAUCAAGAGGGAAAACGCAGGAAAGUGUACACCAUGAAACUAUUACUGGGUCUCCAGCUGGUGGAGAUAAUAACGCAGUACCAGCAAGCAUAGAUGUUGUUACUCUUGAGCCAAAUGAUGACAAUAACGAAGAUGAAUCUGCUUUUAGCCCGACUAGUAGAGAUGAGCAUGGUCAAAGUAUGCUUCAUUUUGCAUCAGCCAGAUCACACGGACGUAAUGCCUUAUUCCAACUGCUUCAAGAAACAGAUAUUAAUGUUGCAUACAGAGACGAACUUUAUAGAACAGCAAGAGAUAUUAGCAUACAAGCUAAUCUUCCUGAGAAUACAGAAGAAAUUGAUCGAUAUGUUUUACACAUUGCAACUAAAGGAGAUACCGAUAAAUUGGUAGAAUUAUUGUUGGAUGGUUAUGACCACAUUACAGAUAUAGUUGAUAAUGAAGAUGUUCCGAUUAUUGAAGCAGUUUCUAAAGCCGAUCAACCUGAUACAGUUUCUUUCCUUCAGUCUAUAUUGACCUUUGAGGAAAAGAGAGAAAGAGUUCAUCACGCAAUUCGUCAAGGAUCGCUCAAUGACGUCACUACUCUUCUAGCUGAUGAAAAUGAUACUGGGAGCGGAAAACUAUUGGCUAUUGGCAAAAAUAGUUAUGGCAGAUGUACACUGCAUAUCGCAGUUUUAUGUCAACAGGAGGAAAUUGUCGAUUAUUUAGCUAAUACUUUUGCGGAUACUUUAAAGUUAGGAGAUAACUUGGAAAGAACAGCUCUACACUACGCAAUGGGCGUCGAAAAAAUGGAAAGCAUCAGUAGAGUCCUAAUUAAAGCAGGAGCAGUUCGAGUAGUCAAGGAUCUUAAAGGGAGACAACCGACGUACUAUUUCCUCAAUAAGUCCGACAUUUUGAGAUUGCAAGAGGAGGAAGAGACGUUUUGA